CCGAUGUUGUACUCAGGGGAAUAAAUACAGUGAUAAACUCCUUACAGGUGAAAGAUGACUUCAAGGAUCCUUUUAAAAGAGAAAAGUGACAGGUGCACCAUGACUGACUUGUGGCUUUGGGCGUUUAUGGCCAUGAUUCUUACACCAUUGCACGCUUUUUCGCCUGACCCUUCAGUGGCACUAGACGUGGCUAUCGUCAUUGACCGCACGAGGAGCAUAGGAGGAAACAACUAUAAAAGGAUGCUAACUUCCGUCGAGAAGUUCAUCGGCAAGUUUGAUGUUGGUGAAAAUACAACUCACUUUGCAAUUGUCACAUUUGCCAGUUACGCUGAAAUUCGCGUGAACUUCACUGAUACAAAAUACUACAGCCUGGAGGCUUGGAGGCAGCUCAUUCAGGAAAUGAAGAAAACAGACAAACUUGGCGCGCCCACACGAACUGAUAGAGCCCUGAGGAUGGUUUGUGAGAAUGUUUUCGUCCCGGAAAAUGGAGAUCGUCCAGAAUCUCCAAAUGUCCUUAUCCUUCUUACAGACGGAAAUACACACAAGGCGUCAGAGCCGUUCGAUACCGCGAUACAGGGAUGCAAGGUAACAAAUAUCCAUCGUGUUGCUGUUGGCAUAGGUCCUAAUAUAAACCAAUUGGAACUUGAAGCCAUCACAGGUGACAAGAAUAAAGUGAUAAUGGUGGACAGUUUCAAAAGUCUUCAUAAGCACUUAGAAAACAUCAGCCAAAUCGCUAAUGUUCCACUAAGCUUUGCUUCGAGACCAACAAAUCAAACUGUUAUUGAGGGAACGAAUACAACUUUCCAUUGCACUGCCACUGGGAACCCAACUCCAACUAUAACGUGGAUGAAAGAUGGAAAAUUUGUGGCAGAAGGACACACUCUCAGCUUUGAAACCAGUAGAAAUGAUUCCGGAAAAUAUUGGUGUUUGGCCACGAAUGGACUUGGUGACACUAUCAAUACAACUGUAAAUCUUGAUGUACAAUACUCCCCGAGUAUUAUCCUCAAGCCAGAGGAUAAGAUUGUUACCGAGGGAAAAUUGCUAACCUUCCAGUGUGCUGCCGCUGGUAAUCCAUCUCCAAAGAUAACGUGGACUAAAGAUGGAAUAACUAUGGCUGAAGGAGACACACUGAGUUUUAAAACCAAUAGAACUCAAUCUGGAAAGUACUGGUGUUCUGCAGAGAAUGGGGUGAAAUCUGCUGUCAAUGCUAGCGCCAAUCUUGAUGUCCAAUUUCCACCAAGCUUUGAUUCAACACCAACAAAUCAAACUGUUAUUGAGGGAACGAAUACGACUUUUCAUUGCACUGCCACUGGGAACCCAACACCAACUAUAACGUGGAUGAAAGAUGGAAAAUCUGUGGCUGAAGGACACACUCUCAGCUUUGAAACUAGUUGGAAUGAUUCUGGAGAAUAUUGGUGUUUGGCCACGAAUGGACUUGGUGAAACUAUCAAUACAACUGUCAAUCUAGAUGUACAAUACUCCCCGAGUAUCAUCCUCAAGCCAGAGGAUAAGAUUGUUACCGAGGGAAAAUUGCUAACCUUCCAGUGUGCUGCCGCUGGAAAUCCAUCUCCAAAGAUAACGUGGACUAAAGAUGGAAUAACUAUGGCUGAAGGAGACGCACUGAGUUUUAAAACCAAUAGAACUCAAUCUGGAAAGUACUGGUGUUCUGCAGAGAAUGGGGUGAAAUCUGCUGUCAAUGCUAGCGCCAAUCUUGAUGUCCAAUUUCCACCAAGCUUUGAUUCAAGACCAACAAAUAAAACUGUUAUUGAGGGAACGAAUACGACUUUUCAUUGCACUGCCACUGGGAACCCAACACCAACUAUAACGUGGAUGAAAGAUGGAAAAUCUGUGGCUGAAGGACACACCUUCAGCUUUGAAACUAGUUGGAAUGAUUCUGGAAAAUAUUGGUGUUUGGCCACGAAUGGACUUGGUGAAACUAUCAAUACAACUGUCAAUCUAGAUGUACAAUACCCCCCGAGUAUAAUCCUCAAGCCACCGGACAAGAUUGUUGCUGAAGGAGACAUGCUAACCUUCCAGUGCGCUGCCACUGGGAACCCAACUCCAAAGAUGACGUGGACUAAAGAUGGGAAAACCGUGGCUGAAGGAGACACACUGAGUUUUAGAACAAACAGAACUCAAUCUGGAAAAUACUGGUGUUCGGCAGAGAAUGGAGUGAAGCCUUCUGUAAAUGCUAGCGCUGAUCUUGAUGUCCAGUCUCCUGCAACUUCUCCGCCGAAACCUUGUAAAGAACAUCUCGAUAUCGCCGUCAUAAUUGACUCCUCGGAUAGAAUAAGUCCUGCAGGUUACGAUUUAGUGCGGCAAUAUUUAAUUCGACUGGCUGAUAGACUUCAGAUCUCUGGAGCAGGAACGCAUAUGGCGAUCCUCCUUUACAGCUGGGAGGCACACACUUGGCACAGAUUUAGUGAUAACCAAACAAUUUCUGCGGUGAAGUCUAAAGCUAACAGCCUGCCGCACAGUCGAGGAGGUUCAAGAACAGAUAGAGCCCUGGAACUAGCAGCGCAAGAUCUUUUUGGCUGGGAAGAUAGUGGCGACAGACCAGAUAAACCAAAUGUAUUGAUUGUGCUUACACAUGGAACUACAUACGAAGGAAACAAGCCUCUCGCUCGGGUAGUUCCUCCUUUAGAUGAGGCCAAAGUGAGAAGGAUUGCCGUUGGAGCUGGAUAUGGAUUCCGUGAGCACGAACUUGGAAAAAUCGCCAGCAAUUCUAGCUAUGUUCUAAAAGUUUUUGGAGUCAACGAGAUGUUCUCCAAACUAGAGAAUGUGAUAAAUCUGGCUUGCGACGAGCAAGAUAUUGGUGAUUGCAGUGAAUGGGGAUCCUACGGAGCCUGUAGUAAGACUUGUGGUGGCGGAGUCCAAGUUCGCACAAGGACUUGUCCGGAAAACAGUCUUAAUUUGAGGAAACAAAAGAAACAUUGCAAUGACGAGCUCUGUCCAGGACAAAAACUGUGCGAGGAUAAGGAGGAAAAUUGUCCAAUUAGGGCUGCCUCAGGAGACUGUUGGAAAACAGCUCAACCGUCGGAUACGUUUUACGUGGGUAAGAGGUUUCCUCUGUGGGACAUCUGCCCUAAGAGCUGUCGACGAUGUCAUGUGGAUCCAUGUCAAGAUAGCGAUCCUUAUGUUUGUCCUUGGUGGUCACAAGCGAGAGAAAACAAAAGGAAAUGCAGGUUCAUUUUCCCAUCAGGAGGCCGAAUAGCAACACUAAAAGAGAUGUGCCAGAGGAGCUGUCGUCAGUGUCCAGCUACAGGAGAUUGCAAGGAUGCAUUUCCCAGAUGCUACUCUUUUGUUCGUUUGAGAGGAUGUCGCCAUCGCCGAGUAAAACAGAACUGCCCUAAGAGCUGCGGUUUGUGUGGUGGUGGUAGUCCUGCUGGGGAUUUUGGCAAUGAUAAUGUUUGGCCAAAUAUUCAUGGAAACCGUCAUCCUGGUAACGUUGUACAUGGUAAAGUGUACCCAUGGGGACGUUGAAACAUUGAUUGAAAUUGAACCACAAGAAACAGCAAGAAAAUAUCAGUUGAUAUUCCCUGGGAAACGGUUAUCUGCUGUGAUUUUCAAGGUUCUACUGAUAUCCGUUUGAAAGAUUACUAGAAGCACUAAACGAUGAAAUACUCCAUUUCAUAAUGUUUAUUUUAGUUGUUUACUCCUUACCGAUCAACUUGAAAAUAUCUUGCGCGC